AUGUUUGAUGAUGUACUCAACUUGAAAUAUAACUCUUUGGUUGCUUCGCUGAGCGAAAAAGUUGCCAAUGAGCAGGAGGCGAGACGUAUUCGAGCUAUUGAGCUGCUCGAGGACGCCGCUUAUACUGAUAGUCGGAUUAGUCGGAGCGAUGCAGACUUUAGUGCAGAGGCCGCUGCGGGUGUCAAAUUUACCCGACUUAUAGCAGAGUUGAGACAGAUGUGGGAGGACGAAGAGGUUCAUCGGGCGGGUGUACUGGAACGGCGCGUCCGAUCGCAAGCAUCGGCGCAUUAUGAUGUCGUACUGGGACAAUUGCAAUCACAGCUAGAGUUAGCGCUGAGAAUGAACGAGGAUGCAGACCAGCAGUGGAUGGCCGAGAUCAGAAAUUCUACUUACGAGCACGUGUGUUUAAUGAAGUCCUUCGAAGAAAAAUGUAGUUCGCACUACGGUGCCCGUCUUAAUAAAUACGUCGAGAGCACUGAUCAUCGUCUUGCUAUCUACGAAGAAGACCUUCUUGUCCUGGGGGCCAAUACCGAGCGAAACUGUUCCGCACUGAAGUCGAAGAUCCAUAGACUUCGAGUUGCUUGCGGAAAAUGGCGCAUUGAUUAUCAACGUCAUGGUUCAGAACAUUCAGGCGAGGUGCAACGUAGAUAUCGUAUGAUCACAGUUGAAUUGGAACCGUCACAGAUGUCGCCUGGCCUUGCUCAACAGGAGCCCAUACUCCUCAAGUUCAAGUCUCAGCUGCAACAGCUGUGGAAUAGACUAGACACACAACCUGGUGAUCGCAUAAACACCCUCGGUAAAAGGCAGCGUAUACUACUCAACUCGGCGGGCUGCACUGAAAGCCUGGUUGGCGCAUAUGGCUAUGCAAUCAACAAAAUGCGAUCUCAACUUCCGUUAGCUUGCCUCGUAUCCCGAUACGAGUUUCUAGGUUAUCGAAUCGCACUCUUUGCGAAGCUGGCGCCCAAAAAUGGCGGCACUCUUACCCAUUUGGGUGUUGUCAGUGAUUACAACUCCUUGAGGGAGGAAUAUAGGACAUUACAUGCGAGACUUAAUCGUGAAAUGUUGGAUUAUGAACAGGAGAAUAGGACCCCGUUCUUGUAUCGUGGUGUGCCCUAUUUGCCUCUUCUGAGUGAAUAG